CAUGUUCAAAACACUAAUUAAUUUGCCGCCUCCUCCUCGUCAUCGUCGUCCCCACUUUUGAGUUUUGACCGACUUGAAAACAUCCAUGGCUUAUCCACCAGCUCAUUUAGCUGUGCUACUACUGCUAGUGUUCCUUCUUCUUGUUGUAGUAUUGAGUUCUUCAAUGGUUGAUUGUGAUGACAACAUUAACCAAGACUUUGACAUAACAUGGGGAAAUGACCAUGCUCAAAUACUCAACAAUGGCGAGCUUCUCAAACUUUCUCUUGACCAAUCCUCUGGUUCUAGGUUCCAAUCAAAGAACCAAUAUCUAUUCGGACUCUUUGAGAUGCAACUCAAGCUUGCACCCGGAAACUCUGCUGGAACCGACACUUCCUUUUAUUUAUCAUCACAAGGAUCAGCUCAUGAUGAGGUUGACUUUGAAUUCUUGGGAAACUUGAGUGGUGAUCCAUACAUUCUUCAUACCAAUGUGUUCAGUCAAGGUCGGGGUGGAAGGGAGCAACAGUUCUACCUGUGGUUCGACCCUACUGCUGAUUUUCACACCUAUUCCAUCCUCUGGUCACCCAACUACAUUGUCUUGUCUGUGGAUGGAACACCCAUUAGAGAAUUCAAAAACCUGGAAGCCAUGGGUGUUCCAUACCCAAAUAACCAGUCAAUGAGGAUAAUUGGGAGCAUAUGGAAUGCUGAUUUCUGGGCCACGAGAGGUGGCCGUGUGAAGAUAAACUGGACUGAAGCUCCCUUCAUUGCUUACUAUAGAAAAUUCCAUGCAAAGGCUUGCAUUUGGUCCUCCGCGAUGUCUUCUUGCAAUUCAAAUUCAUCCUCCUGGUUCACACAAGAACUCGAUCCCAAAUCUCAAGAGAGAUUAAAAUGGGUGCAAAACAACUAUAUGAUCUAUAACUAUUGCACCGACGUAAAUAAAUUUCCUCAGGGUCUUCCUACUGAAUGUUCUGCAGCUACCACCUAGAUAAAGCACAUCAAAUUUUUUUGUUUUGAAUCAUAGUGAUUUGAUGUAAUUUGCUUUUGCAUUUAUCAUAAUGCUUUUCCUCUAUUCUUGUUAUAAUUGUAAUCACUGAAAUAAUAAAUUGAAUAAAU